CCGGAUGAUUGACCAAAGGUCGAAGAGCGUGACAGUUACGUUUACUGGCAAAAACUCGUGAUUAAUCAAGUGUGUUCCGCUACUAUAUAAGCUUCUUCGCUGAAAUUAUCGGUUAGACAGAAUCUACACUACAUUAGCACAAUCAGAGAAAUAUUCGAGAAAAAGAUGGCAGAUAACGCAGCCGAAGCAGCUCUGAAGUAUCUUAGAGACCCUGCAAUUGCUGCAGGACUUGGAGCUAUGGCAGUCGCAUCGAUGUAUUAUUUAACUUCUCGUCCAACCCCUCAGCCUUGUCCUGUGGAUCCCAUGAAACAAUCUUACGAGUUACCGGAUGGAGAUUAUGCCAGAAUGAAUUCACUUACAACCGAACUUGUGGAGAAAUUAUUUGAAGAUGUGAGCACAAGCCAUGAAGCUUUCCUUCGCGGAAAGAGAUUAUCUGGUGACAAGCCAUGCCUGGGCUACCGCAGCAGUCCUGGAGGACCCUAUGCUUGGCUUACCUAUAAUGAGGUCUAUGAGAGAUCUGCAGACACUGGUUCAGGAUUGAUAGAGAUUGGCUCAGAACCAGUGGAUGAGGAACAUGUUUUUAUUGGUGUUUAUGCUCCAAAUAAAAUUGAGUGGGUGCUUGUUGAACAAGCUUGUAACAUGUACUCAAUGACCAUCGUUCCACUGUAUGACACACUCGGUCCAGAGUCAUGUGUCUACAUCAUUAAUCAAGCCAAAAUGGUAACUGUUGUCUGCGAUGAAAGCAAGAUAAAAGUGUUGCUGGAACAGUCCGACAAAUGUCCCAAGUUGAAGAACAUUGUAAAGAUUGGAUCUUCUGUCACAGAUGAGGAAAAGGAAGCUGGAGAGAAAGUUGGAAUCAAAAUCACUUGUUUUAGAGAAUUAGAAGAAAUAGGAAAAAAUCACAGGCACCAGGAAAAGCCUCCUAAGCCAGAGGAUCUUGCCGUUGUCUGCUAUACAAGUGGUACAACAGGUAAUGCUAAAGGUGCCAUGAUAACGCAUAAAAAUGCGAUUGCAAUGCUGUCUGGACUCGUCUAUCUCGUUCAAGAGUGUGGAAUUCUGAUAUCAAGUGAGGAUGUUCACAUUUCGUACCUUCCGUUGGCGCACAUGUACGAGAGACUUGCUCAGCUGAUGUUAUUCACAUAUGGCGGAAAAGUCGGUUUCUAUGGUGGCAAUGCAAGAAACAUUCUGGAAGAUCUGCAAGUUCUCAAGCCGACAAUUUUCGUCUCUGUACCUCGUGUGCUUAACAGAGUGUAUGAUAAGGUAAUAAAACAGGCGUCGUCCAGCGCCGUGAAGAGUUUCCUCUUUAACUUGGCCAUGCGUUUCAAGAAGGCAGAGCUAGAGAGGAAUAUAGUUCGUAACGAUAGUAUAUGGGACUACCUUGUGUUCAAGAAGAUCCAGAACUCGCUCGGUGGAAGGGUACGGUUCGUUAUCUCUGGAUCAGCUCCUCUUCGAGAUGAUGUCAUGAUCUUCCUAAGAUGCGCCCUUGGAUGUCAGGUUUUCGAAGGAUAUGGUCAAACAGAGACCACUGCUGCUGCUACAUUGCAGAUGAUAGGAGAUCAAACUUAUGGCCAUGUUGGUCCUCCACUGCCUUGUAACAAAAUUAAACUUGUCGAUGUUCCUGAAAUGGAGUAUUACGCCAAAGAAGGAAAAGGCGAGGUUUGCUUUUAUGGGCCGAAUGUGUUCAAGGGAUACUUGUACGACGAGGAUAAGACAAAAGAAGCCAUUGACGAAGACGGUUGGCUUCACUCGGGUGACGUGGGAGAAUGGCAGCCGAAUGGUACAUUGAAGGUGAUCGAUCGGAAAAAACAUAUUUUCAAGUUAUCGCAGGGAGAAUACAUCGCACCAGAGAAGGUGGAGAAAGUUUACACACAGUGUUCCAUGGUUCAUCAAGUCUAUGUACAUGGCGACAGCAAAAAGUCUUGUCUGGUAGCUGUCGUUGUGCCUGAGAAAGAUCCAGUUGAAAAGUGGGCCGAGAAGAAUGGUGUUGAUGGUGACAUGGAUUCGUUCUGUGCCAACGAGAAAGUAAAUAAAGCCAUUUUAGAUCAGAUGAUUGCAGAAGGCAAGAAGGAACAGCUCAAGUCUUUUGAGCAGGUCAAAGCAAUUUUCCUGACACCGGAGAUUUUCACGACCGAAAAUGGUCUUCUGACGCCAACACUGAAAUUCAAGCGGCCAGCCCUGAAAAAACAUUUUCUACAAACAUUCGAAGACCUCUACGCUACAGUACCGGAGUAAAUACAAUGUAAUGUUAAAAGAUAACUUUCAUUUUAUCCAAUUCCAUAUUAUCUUAUACGAACGAUUCCCUUUACACACUUUUUUAAAUACAAAAUAAAUAUUGUUGAAUUUGAUUUAUUCAAAAAAACAAUUACACAGAAAGGUAUUUGCUUAGGUAGAAAACAAAGUUACAGUUAAUGUUUCUAACUCCGUUGUUCAAGUCAGUCGUGUAGGAUGAUCGUCCGUGCGAGAGUUGCCCUGAAGAGGACUGGUGACUAAUGUUUCGACAACCUGAGCGGAGGUCCUCAUCAGCCCGUUGAUGACUUCUCUAACGUUUUUCAAAACGUGGGAAUCAGCCCAUUUCAGGCAAAACUCGCACACACAUGGUCGCACUGCGUCUGUAAGAUAGAACAGGAGUUGGAAAAAUAUUUAUAUAUUUUAAAAUCUUUUUGUGCCGUUUACUUACUGUUUUCUGAGUUACACUAAGUAAUAGCUAGCCAAUCAGCGAAGCGCACGUUUCAGAAUUCUCGAAUAAGACGUCAUGGACCAAUCAAAAUUUACGUGUAAACUUGGCAACUUGUGCUGCGGGAAGAUGAUAGGAAACCAAUCAACGAUCGAGUUUCUUUUUCCAUCCAAUCGAGGAGCAAACAACAGCGUGCUUUUUCUGAUUGGUUAUGUCAGUGUCACCUUGUCGACAAAAUGUUUCGUUUUGUUUUUAUCUUUUUUUGUUUGUUAUCCUCUUUCUCUAAUCGCGAAAUUUAAACCAGUAGAGUGUGGAAUAUUGGACAGUUUUUGAAUGAAACUAUGCAAAAAGGGAAAUUGUUCAUGGGAUUUCUUAAAAUUGACUGUUGGCGAAAGACCUCGUUUUGUACUUGUUGUGGAUGUUCUUAAACCUAGGGUGAACAUCGGGAAAUAACGCGAUAUUUUGGUGUGAUUUUCAGCAUAAAUGAGUUUAGUAAUAACGAAACACUUCUUUGUUAAUUUAUAAUGGUGGUCAAGAUUUUAUGUCUCCGUAAGUUUGAAGUAUUAUAGCUAAAAAAGGGGAAUUUUUUUUAUAUAUAAGACAAGUCAUCAUCUUUUAUACACUAUGGUCACUAACUGUAAAGUAAUUAGAGUUGUGAUCGAUUGAGAACUCGAUCGCAAGAGCAAUUUUCAAA